AUGUUGAACCCAUUUGCGCGAUCCAAGAACGAUCUUCCAUCGAUGAAUCGUCAUAGCAUCACUUCUUGGGCCCAUGAUAUUAUUGAUGAACUUCAAAGAAUCGGUAUUUUGAAUCCAGGCAACGAGAAGGCCGCAGAUGAUCUGUUUCGUGUGUACCAGAAUGUCGUUCAAUUCUAUUCAUGGGUGUCCACACGUCCAAGAGUUCAUGCGAAUCAUACCCAACGUCCUAUCCAGCAACCUUGGACACCAAAUGAUAUUUUUACCUCGGCGCAUAAAGUCUGGACCGAUCUUGAGUGGGAAUUAAGGCUAGAAAAAGAUGGCACGUUUAUUGAUCAGAUGAUUGAUCAUCUUGGGUGGUUUUGGAACAUCAAGAACAAUUUAGUCAAUCAAGCCCGCUAUACCCGAGGUCUGCCUGUCCUUCCAGGCAUGGAAACAAUGGCAGAAGCGGCAAACUAUGCUAGAAUUGGCAACAUCGAUCGUGCAAAUAUAAUGCAAAUCCCAGAGACGAGAACCAUGCCAUUGGGUAGUCACUUUCCCCGUCCCAUAGCGCCUACGAGCAGGAACAAUCCGAGAAUUAUAGAACCUUUUCCCGCAGGAUACAACACAAGACGAGGAAACUCAAGCAACAAUAUUAUGCAGCCAAGUCGAACAUAUUCGUCCGGGAUUCCAUCUAUACUGCAACCGAAGACGGGCCAUCUGCAACUACCUAAAUAUUCUCAAUCAGUUCAGGAGCAACCUCAUUCUUCAAUGCCAGUCACCCUAUCAGUCAAAGGUAAGCAGCUGCCUAGCUUACACCCCGGUGUACAGUACCAACCACCCACUGCUCGUGAUAAGCCAUCGCGCAAUAUUUGCAACAUGGCGAGUGAUAAGUAUAACGAUGGUAUAGAAUAUUCACAGGCCUCUCAAGUUCCUAUGGGCUUCAUUCUACCUGCACCACAGAGCCGAGAUGACAGGUACCCGAAUAGAGCUCAGGGAUUUGGUGGUGGAUCCAAAUUUCCUAUAGCUAGGAUACCAGCUGUCGAGCCAGCUUUGAGUGGUCGAGACAACCAUGGACAAAAUUUGGCGACUUCUCAUGAAUUGGCACAAUCUUACAGCGGUAUAGCACGCACCAAGACCAAGAAUCAUUCCUCUGACACCAGGAACUUUGUCAGUACCACAGAAAACGAUAUAAUUUUAAUCUUAGAUAUGCCGUCACCGGAAUCGAUAACUACACCUGUCGAAAGCCUCAGGUCGAGAGAUCAGGGCCGCCAUUUGAGUUCUCCCGUCAUGUCUCCUGAGGAAGAAAUUCAAAUCGAACGUUCUUCUUCGGCAAGAAUACCUUUUGUACACAGCCGAGACACAUUUGUGCACUCUAGCUUUCCGGUCACUUGGGCACCUAUUAAUAGUCCUAACAAUCAACGCGAAGAAUACUUUGCAGAAGCAAGUAAAGUCAGAAGCGAAGCUUCUCAUCGAAGAUCAGCCAAACAGGAGCGCGAUAUUACCGGAGGAAAAAAUCAAAAAAGAGCCACUAAUACUAGUAAUGAGAAAGCCAAUGUCAAGGAGAAUAAUCUGAGCAUACCAAACAGAAACAAAUCCACUUCUACGAAUGGCAAUCAGCGCAAUAAGAAGGUUAACAAUAUCGGAAGAGACAAGGAGACUAGGUUCAGUUCUGUCAAUCUGAAGCAAGACGAAAAUGCAAAUCGCUUUCAAAAAUUCAAUGCGAAAAGGUCCGAACCUAUUAGCGAUGCUCACAACAAUAUUCCGAACAGUCAAAACAAGAAGCCGAAGAUUAGCAACAAGCCUGCAACUUCCUCAACAGAUCAUGCUUCUCCUUACACAAACUUCCUCAAACAGUACCGGGCAAGCAACCUUAAUAGCUCUACAGGCUUGGGAGUGAUUCAAAAGUCCGUCGAAGGUGAAAUGGUAGGAAAUAAAGCUGUUGGCGAUGCGCAAAUUGGCGACAUAACUGGCGGUGAAAAGUCUGCGGGCGAGAAAGCUCUUGACGAAAGCUUCAUCGCUAGCAAACCUAUAGACCAAUAUUCUAUCAACGAAGAGCCGGUUAGUGCCAAAUCUAUCAUCGAGAAAACUAUCAGCGAAGACUAUUCUGGUGAUAAACCGACGGCCGAUGCACCGAUUGUAGAGGACACUGUUAGCGAGGAUGCUUCGGGAGAUACACUCGCCUUGGACAAACCUGUAAAUGAUAAGCCACUUCCUGCGAAGGUCAACAAGUCCAGAUCGCUCUAUCGUCCUUUUAGCAUAAGAUAA